GAAAGAAUGAAAUAGUAUAAUGAUAAGGAAUAUGUCCUCAGUCCAAGAAAUUGCAAUGAGGUGUAAAGUCCUGUUCUGUUUAUGGUUGCUGGGCCUAAUAAAGCCAGGUUUCUCUGAGGAUGUUUCCGUGCCCCCUGGUUCAUCAAUUGUCCUUAACUGCUCUUUUACAUUGCCGCCUAUUGUUGAUCAUUCUCUCCUAAGUAUCACAUGGUCCUUCAACGGUUCAGUCAUUGCCUCAAAGAACCACUCUCAACCAGGCUUUUUCUUGAAUACCACCGAUGCCUUUUUUGGCUCUUUCCCACUGACUGUUUACAACACAACUCAAAAUCAGCAGGGGGUGUAUGAGUGUAGCAUGAGCUACAAUGAUACAGACUACUCCACAGAUGUAACGUUGACAAUUGUAGUUCCCCCUAUGGUUUACAUCAGCUCACUUGACGUGGUCCUAAAAAGAAAAUGUGAGAUUGAAUGUUGGGCAAAGGGGUUUAGUCCUCCACAAAUAAUUUUUACAUGGACACGUGCAGGAGAGAAAAUCCCAGCACCCUACAAGCUGCUGGUGAACCGUACAGAGGAUGGCCUUUAUGAUGCAGUGAGCAUUUUGACCUUCAUCCCAGACCUUUCUGACCGAAAUACAACCUUUGGCUGUGAGGUGCAGCACAAAGCACUGCUGGAACCAACCACAAAGCAGUUUAAGCCACGUGUAAUUGUGCUUCCAAAGGUGACUUUAGCUAGUGUCUCCUCCGGUACUCACACCUCUCUGCUCACCCUCUCCUGUGACAUCACUGGGUUUUUUCCUCACAACAUAUCUGUUCUAUGGAUCCAGAAUGGGGAAGUUCUUCCUGAGCAUUCCGAGGCUGUAGAGAAUGAGGAUGGAAUGUACAAAACACAUCGGUACCACACCCUGAGUCUUGAAGAAAGGAAAAAGGGAGGAGAAGUCCAGUGUGUGGCCCAGCAGCCCCAUGUGUCCGAACCUGCCUAUGGAACCUUAGACCUAUCCACUAUUGACCCACGCGAGCAAAAUCCUGGACUAAAUAAAUCGGCAAAGGCUUCAGUGGCACUGAUGAUCAUUUCACUUACACUUGUUUUCUUGCUCUGCUUUGGAUUUUCCUGGAAUAGAAGAGAUGAGAAGCUCAAGUCUCUGAAUAUAUCAGCAAUCGUUCUACCACCCAGGGUGGUUGUGGGUAGGAAAGGCAGAGUCACAAUCAGUGUAGAAGGCAAGUUGGCAGACAGAGUACAGACGGCUUGGUUCCUAAAUGAUGUCCCUAUAAAAGACACUUCAUACACAGGAGAGAAAAAAUAUGGUCAUUUUCGUUCAGCAACCUACACUCCUCACAAUUCUCAUGUGUCUGUAGCAUCAGAAAAAGGUCUUCUGCUGUCCUCUACUGCGGCAGGAUAUUACAAGCUACACACUCAGCUGCCUCUGGGGUCAUCCUUUGGGACAAACAAACAGCUCUUCUCCUCUCUCACCUUUAUACCCAAUCUGUCCAUUCACAAGGGAGCAGUCUUCAAAUGCCGGAUCUCGUAUAAGGGCAAAGACAAGACUGUGGCAGAAAGAGUAUCUGAUAAAUUUACUAUCCUAGCACCACCACAAGUUUCAGAGAUCCAGUUCUCAGAACCAAAUGGUGACGGAGGUGUGGUGACAAUGACAGCCCAGGCUACUCACUUUCAUCCAGACAUCAUCACUUUUCGCUGGUUCUGUCAGGGAGGGGAGCUGUGUCCAGUUUCUGUUCCUCCGGCUCUUGCUGCUCCCCGGCGUGAUGGAGAAAGUUUCUUUUCAGCAAUGAGCCAGUGCAGACUUCCCAAGGCAGAGCUGGAAAGAGGAGAGACCAGGGUGUGGGUCACUGUUCACCACAUGGCCCUGAAACGGCCCAUUACCCGGGAAACCAGAGGGUUCAUGAAAAAACCCACCAUUUCAGAGAUAACCCCCUCUUCUCUUCCAUACACUAUGGAAAGACCCUUGACCCUUGCCUGUGAUAUAAUAGAUUUCUACCCUCCUGAAAUCUCAAUCAAAUGGCUGCACCUAACAGAGUAUGUGAUUGAGGAUGAAGAGGAAACCAAGGUGGAAAUAAAGGAAGGAUGUGAGCUUUGGGGCCCUUUGCAAAAUCUGCCCAGGACAUUUCGUGCAAAAGCAAUCUUGAAGAAUGUGGAUAAGACAAUAAGGGGAGAUGAAAUAAUUUGCAGAGUAUCCCACUGUUCACUUCUGAAACCAAUUGAGAGAGUCUGGAAAAAUAUUGUUGUUCCAUCCAUACCCUCCUCUUUGUCAGUAUGCUGGAGCAGGGAUGGUGUCAGAAUAUUCUCAAUACUGCUUGUUGGAGGAAACCCAAAUGCUAAAGUGCUCUGGGCUGCUGGUGGUGCAACUUUCUUGAAACUUUUGUCAAAAGAGACAGAAAAAUAUAACAGUGAUGGGAAAGUAGAGCUUAAGAGUGUUUGUGCUGUGGUGAAGUCACAGGAAAGUCGCAGAGGAGGACACACACACAAAAUAAGGUCACCUGUUGUGGACCUUGAUGCAGAAUAUGAAAUGAUGAAUACAUUGGAGGGUGAAAUGAAAUCAGUAAAAGAGGCUCAACCAUCUGAACAAAAGGAGCAUAUACAAAAAAAUAAUACAGAAGAGGAGAUGCAACUGGAUUCGUCUUGUAUUAACAGAGUGUGUCUGACUGAUAAAAGACAGGAUCUAAGUGUGACUGUGGAGAUUACCCAUCCUGCACUGAGCCUGCCUGUAUACCUUUCAUGGAAAGAGCCUGUGGAUGACUCAUCCUAAUGGAUUAACAAUCUUGUGAUCAUUUACUCAGACCUGACCCACGUCUUUAAAUCUAAGAUAUAUAUACAUACAUACAGUACCUGUUUCCCUAUAUACAUACAGUUGAUCUAUAAAGUGUUUGUUGUGUAAAACAAGAUGAAUCAUGUUGGAAUAUGUUCCAUAGUUGUAAAAUUGCAACCUAUAUAUUAAAGUGAAUAACAAUAAGAAUCAUUUAGCGGGUAAAGAUUCAAAGUUACAAAUGUACAAUAACCAGGUUGCAUAAGUAUGCAAAUCCUUUUAUCAUUGUGGCAGAAAUCAACAAAUCACAGACGGCAGAUUCAGGACCUCAUUGUUGAAAAAUAUAAAUUGGGAUAGGAUUAAAAAAAGAAUCCAGGACAUUGAAUAUACCAUGGAACAAUGUAAAGACAAAGUUAUCAACAAAGUCAGAAAUAUAGGCCACAACAGUGACAUUGGUAAGACCAGGACAUCCCACUAAAAUUGUUGAGCAGACAUAAAAAUAACUGGUAAGGACGACUGCCAAGAGGCCUGCAGCAAAAUUAAAAUAAUUGCAACAAUUUAUGGCAAGUACUGGCUGCUCCUUAUAUGUGACAACAAUCUCCCCAAUUCUUCAUAUGUCUGGGUUACAGUCAAAAUGCAGAUGGAUUGACAGGAAAAGUAACAAUUUACCUUUAAAGCUCGGAAGUGGUGUCUAAUGUGUUUUUAAUCGGUUACCAUGACUUCCAAAAAUACUUUUGUCAGGAGUUCUUUGGCCAAAACAACAAAAGCACAUUUAAAGGAUUUAUAAUACAAGUAUAUUUUAAAUGUUAUUUUUAUAAUGCAUUUGAUUGAGGGGAAAACAACAGCAUUAUGCUGUCAAUGUACUGUCUGAACCCAGAUAAAAAAAAUGUGUUAUUGUCAUGAUUCUGCCCUUCUUUAUGUUGUUUUUCUAGUUUGGAGUGACAGGAUUGUUACAGUCCCAUUUAUUGUGUUUGUGUUUGGAAGCACAUAGACAUUGUUUGAUUCUUUGUGCCAUGUGCUCUCCUGUCCUGCGUCUUAGCCCCACCCCCUUGUUGUUUCCAAAUUCAAUAUCCCAUUAUCAAUUCAAGCCCUUCACCUGUCGCCCUAGUUAAGCCGCUUUUGUUCCCAUCCUUUUUAAUGUCCUUGUGUUUGCUCUCCUGUGCUGGAUCGUUUGUCUUCAUCCCUGUCUUGCCCUGUUGCCCCUAGUCUGUCUUUAAGUUAUGUUUUAGUCAAGUUUUAUUUUUUUUAAGUAUAUCUUUUACUUGUUUUCGCCCUCAAGGAAUUUUUAGUUAUGUUAUGUUCAAUAAAAUGUUUCUUUGUUGA